AUGCAGCACGGUGAGUCACGCGGUAGCAUCAACGAAUGCAGCACGGUGAGUCACGGUGUGCCGGGACGCUCUAACGCUGGUACAGCGGUAGCAUCAGCAGAUGCAGCACGCGGUAGCAUCAACGAAUGCAGCACGGUGAGUCACGGUGUGCCGGGACGCUCUAACGCUGGAACAGCGGUAGCAUCAACGACUGCAGCACGCGGUAGCAUCAACGAAUGCAGCACGGUGAGUCACGGUGUGCCGGGACGCUCUAACGCUGGAACAGCGGUAGCAUCAACGACUGCAGCACGCGGUAGCAUCAACGACUGCAGCACGGUGAGUCACGGUGUGCCGGGACGCUCUAACGCUGGAACAGCGGUAGCAUCAACGACUGCAGCACGCGGUAGCAUCAACGAAUGCAGCACGGUGAGUCACGGUGUGCCGGGACGCUCUAACGCUGGAACAGCGGUAGCAUCAACGACUGCAGCACGCGGUAGCAUCAACGACUGCAGCACGGUGAGUCACGGUGUGCCGGGACGCUCUAACGCUGGUACAGCGGUAGCAUCAACGACUGCAGCACGCGGUAGCAUCAACGAUUGCAGCACGGUGAGUCACGGUGUGCCGGGACGCUCUAACGCUGGUACAGCGGUAGCAUCACGACUGCAGCACGGUGAGUCACGGUGUGCCGGGACGCUCUAA